UGAUAUAGAUGAAAUAUUAUUAUCACAAGGUUCUAGGGAAUCUUCUCCAUCAGCAAGAAAAAAAGAAAAGCCACGAAAGUUGUUUCAUGAAUCUGCAAGCAAAUCUCCUGGGGUAUCAAGUCAGUCAGAUCCAGGUACAGUUGAUAGUACAGUAUAUGCUACUUCAUUAAUAUGGUCACCCCAUUAACAACACAACAUUUUCAGUGUUGUAAAAAUUACUAAAAAGAAGUAAUGAGUAAAAAUUAUAUUUACAGUCAGUGUUGUAAAUAAUCGUUACAAUAGUACCAGUAGCACACUACUAAUUACAAAUUACUUUUGAGUAAUUUUGAUGGUAAUUAAUUAUUUCUUUACUGAAGUAAUUUGUAACGUAAUUAUAAUUACAUUUUGAAGGUACUAACAAGUGAAAUUUUCUUAAAGUAACAAGUAACAUCACGUUACUUUUCAAUUUUACUUCAAUCUCUCACAACGUUAGUACACAGACUGUCCCUUCCCCCCGAUGGUGGAAGGAAAACAGUCUACGACCGUUUGUCACUUCGGCACUUUAGUGGGUAGUCAAUUUAUCCCGGGCGUUCUGUGACCCCCGUCCGCAAUCAUAUCAGAUCAUGUCAGCGGCUCGGCAUUUAGCAUUAAUUAAUACAAUUCGAAUUCGCGCGCGUGAAUUAUUAAUUAAAAAAAUAUAUUAUUAUUAUUAAAACUUGGAUUUUGCAACCUUAAACGGUUGAAAUACAUCCAUAAACAUAACUGCAUGCUUAACUAUUACAUGUAAAAUACGAGUAAUUAUGAUAAAAAUAUUAAAAAUUCUCAGAUCUGUUAAUUAUGGAUAUGUAACCUACGAUUAAAAACGGUUAAACUCUGAUAAGAGUCUGAAGCCUAGGUACUAAGAAUUAUUAAAACGUUCAACAGACGACGGAAUAAAAGAGUUUUUGAAGCGGUUUGUUGUGCAUUUGAUUGGUGCAAGUUUCUUUGGGGCACGUAGAUCAUAUUUAUUAGGAAUUGCAGCGAUCUUUACCAGACCUGAUAGCGGACUAGACUCUGGGACAACUUUAUUUUUAAAGAAUGCCGAGCACAGUUGUUCACGUCUUGAAUGCAAAGUUGGAAUGUUACAGACCACUAGCGCGUCGUAAUAAGAUAGUGAUACUGUAGAUGGAUAAUUUUUAAAGCUCUGCGCUGAAUCCUUUCAAUGUCUUUUGAUAAAUAUUCUGGAAUGUUGGAAUGCCAAAUUUGGUUACAGUAUUCCAAUAUUGGUCUUACACACGAUAUGUACACUGUAAUUAACGUUUUCGUAUCAGCCUUCGCUCUUUUUAAAAGACGUAACAUAUAUAAACGUCUCGAAGAUUUUUUUACAAUAUAUGCAACGUGUUCAUUCCACUUGAGGUCACUGCUAAGCAUUAAGCCCAAUAGUUUUGCAGACUUUACUUGUUCAACAGGAUAGCCAUUUACGGUCAGUUGUUGAAACUUAAGUUAGGUUUCUUUUUCCAAAAACAAAUUAGGAUUUCCUUACACUUCCGGGCGUUUAAGACCAUAUCGUUUUCUUCACACCACGAGUUUAUUCCAUCUAGGGUAAUUUGCAGGACUGAUUGAUCGUUUACAGCAAUCGUCUCCGAAAGAGUGGUGUCAUCUACAUAUUUCCACCGGCUUUCCCACUCCUUUAACAGAUCAUUAUCAUGAACAAGAUAGGGCCCAGAACAGUUCCCUGUGGGACGCCACCAUUUAAACUUGUUGACAGUUGGAGGUAGAAUUUCCAACCCUCACUCGUUGCCUUCUUUUGGUCAGGAAACCUCUUACCCACUCUAUCAAGGUAGGGUCGAUGGUCAUAUCCUUCAUCUUUGUUAGCAGAAUGUUAUGAUUUAUUCUGUCGAUAUUAUUUUAAUUGAAUAUAAUACACUUAAAAAAUAAACGUGACCCUAACUCUAAUCUAACCGAAAGGUAUUGUAUAAAGGCAGUCUUAGGGAAAAUCGUAAAGAAAAAAAUAUGCGAACGAAAAACAAAACAUAGGCCAUUGCGGGAUCGAACCACCAAUUGGCGGCAUGUUAGAUCGCAUGCAACGCCCUAGACAAACACGCCACCGGCACUGGCUAAAAUACAAAUGCAGAAAAUCUAAAUAUAUAGUGGUCACAUAUAAUAAAUAAAACAAUCCGCUCACAUUUAGCAUCAAAUAUUGUGAUGGUAUGGCAUUUAUUGUUUUUCUAGCCACGUUAAGGACCUCAAAUUUCAGAGAGGUUAGUUUGUGAAUUUUCUCAGAGGAUGUAUUAAUUUGCAUAUACACGGGAGUGUAUUUUUAGACAAAAUGAAGUAAACUAUAGUAUAAACCAGUCAUAUUUGUUCUUUGAUGUUACUGUAAAUACGGUAUUGGAAUGAUGGCCCAUGUAUCUGGAAAUAUUUCCACUUUCUAAAGUUGUAAAAUUCCUUUGGAAUUUUGAGUAAAACCUUCGAACUUCGGGCGAUGUUAUUUAAGUAAUUUACUAGAUGCCGCUGACAUGAUCUGAUAUGAUCGCGGACGGGGGUCACAGAACGCCCGGGAUAAAUUGACUACUAUUUUGUGGCUUUCUAAUUUUAUUAUUCAAUCAGGAGCGUUACUUUAAAUAGAAUUUGUAUUAUGUAAACAAGGACAAUAGACAGGGUCAAGCAAAACAAUACAACGAAAUCGAAACAUAAAGUCGCAAAAAAAUAUACCAAAUUUGUAAAUUCUACCAAAUUUAUUGGCAUGUUGUAAAAGACGGACUGGACUGGACUGGACCAGGAAAACGCGGACUGAGUCCGUGUUUUACAAAUCGCGGACUGGAUUUGUAAAACACGGACUGAACUGGACCUGGAAAUGGCGGACUGAGUCCGUGUUUUACAAAUCGCGAACUGAGAUUUGUAAAACGCGGACUGAGUCCGCCAUUUCCAGGUCCAGUCCGUGUUUUACAAAUCCAGUUCGCGAUUUGUAAAACACGGACUCAGUCCACGUUUUCCUCAUUCAGUACCGUCGCUUGCAACUAAGGAUGAACGGUCGUGUAAAAUAUUGUCUAUUCUCAUGACAAAGUUCAAUGUUUUUACCGAGAAAGUUCAAUAUUUUUUAUGUCUUUGAUGAUCAUGAUCAUUUGGUGGUUUCAAAGCUUGGAUCUGGUUGUUCAACAGAUUAAAAUCAGAUCAAAACCUAUAAAUACUGCUUUUGAUGUAUAACCUAGCUAGUUUAUCCUGAUGAUGACUGAAAUAUAGUCGAAACGUAGAUAAAUAAGAAUGUUAUCGAUGUUUGAAGUUUCACUUGUUUUGUAAUUUGUAAUAUAAUCAAUUACUUUUUAGGAGAAGUAAUUGUAAUUUCUACUCGUUACUUUUUUUCAGUAAUUUUUAAAACUUUGCAUUUGCUUCCUCGAAAUGGUACAAAUUAUUACAAAUUACCAAUUACUUUCGUUCAAAAGUAAUUAAUUACGAAUUACUAAUUACUUGCUAAUUAAUAAUUCGAUGUACCUCGAUGCAGUCGCAUAAACACUUAACCCUCAACAGACAUUCGACUUCAAUGCCAUUUCUUUCUGAAAUUUCCUGAUAUAGUAAGGUUGGAAAACAUUAGAAACUAGAAAGCACACAGAAGUAAGUAAUUAAUUACCAAAAAAUUGCUCAAAAGUAAUUAGUAAUUAGUAACGCGUUACUUUAGUAAUGGGUAUUUACAACACUGAAAAUUUUAUGGCCUAUUCCUUACUGUGUAUUUAAGUGGAUGGGCUCUACUGUAGUACAAGAAGCACCAUUAACAGGACAUAUUUUAGUUAUUGUUCUCAUUGUUUGCUCAACCUACAUUUAAAUUUACAAAGUAACUUUGUCGUAAAUGAUGGAUGAUCCCUACAGAACUUAUUGCUCCAUUUUGCAUAAUUUCUGGCUUGGGGAAAAUUUAUGAACUACAUGGAGUGUGUAAUAAUAUGUGUUUAUGCAAUAAAAAUAAUUAACAUCAAGCACGAGUUGUGAUGUGGGUCGUUAAAAUAUGUAAAUUAUGCAUUUAUGCAGGGUUCAAUUUCAUUGACCAAUCAGAAGCAGUCUGUUGUCAGCGGGCGGGAGUUUGCCAUUUGCUGUGCUCACGAGCUGUGCUCACUUGCAUACUGCUUCUCACACUGUGCACUUGAUUUCCCACCCACCCACCCGAUAGUGUUUCCCCCCUGCCUGCGUUGGCACUGCCUGCGGUGGCGCCGGUUGCUUGCCGGGUUUUUGUUUUUCAGGCUGCUUGCCUGUGCUCGCUGGCUGCUUGCCGGCCUACCUCCGGCUGCUUGCCGGCCCCUUGGGCUGCCUGCUUGCCCCCCCCCCCUCUGGCUGUUUGCUCGAUCUCGGGCUAUUGACCCCUCCCCGUCCGGCUGCUUGCCGAUGUGUGUAUCUGUGCAUCUGCAUAGUUAAUUUCGUGAUUUGUUCGUCUGCUUGUACGUUCGUUUGUCCCCUCACCAUUACUCCUUAUGUCUGUCCGUGAACCGCUUAUUGUCUGUUGUGUGUGUCCUUGGCACAGCGUAAAUGGUGGGGGUAGUCCUUUUUGUCAACCUUGCUAGCAAUGUCCGGUGUUGUGUUCGUUAUUUGCAUUAUGCCGCACCCGCUCGUCGGGCUUGCUCCCCGGCUAGUCCGGGUGAUUUCUUUUAGAUUGGUAUCCUGCGUUAUCCAGCGUUCUUUGGUUCCCCUUUGGUCGGUAGGUGCAUAUAGUUAGUUGUGCUCGGCUUAGUAUGGUUACCAGGUAAGAUAUCUCGUACGUUCAUGUUACUAUUCGUUCGGUGUUUUUUAUUAAUUCCGUCUCCACCUGUGGUGUGACGUUAACUCUGUCCUUGGAGAGGCUAAUUCUCGGCAUCAUUGAUAUUAGUCAAGUCGGGAUGCUGGGAUGGCUGAAAGUCUCUUCUACCGAGAAGACAGCUGCGCAGAAUGGAGUUCAUCGUAAGCCGGCUUGCCGAGUAAACUAAGCAGCCGGAACCUCUUCAACAGAGCUACACCCUCGAGAGAAUUGCUUGCUUAAGCUCGAGUGCGUUAGAUGUUAGUAAUUAGUAAACUUCUGUAAUUAAUUAAUAAACAACUAUAGUUAAUGUGUAUUUGAUAUUAUAUGGCACGGCCCUUUGAAAAACAGAUUGUAAAUAUCAUACUGAAUAGGCUACUGUGUCAAAAUAAUUUUUUUUAAAGAUUAAAGAGGCUACUAUGGGUUAAGCUAGCCCUCUCCAGUAUACAAGUUUACAAUAUUAACUUGGGAUUGCAAGCUUAUAGUAUGGUAUGUCAAACACUAUGAACUACUUACUACAGUAAGGCAGUACUGCUUUAUAUUGGUGGCAUGCAAAUCAAGAAGGGUUAGUCAAUCAGUAGCUAGUGAAGCUGUCACGUACAGUACGAAGCUGGCAGACAUACACGACGAAUCUACCAAAGAACCAGGAUAGGUUGGAAAAGGUUACCUUCCAAUACUGAUUCCAACCCUUCAGAGUAGCGGGGCAAUUUGAAUAAAUCUGACCUCAAGUUCUGUCACUAAUGGAACCUUGCAUGACCGAGGAACAUUAACUGUGGGGUCCAGUACUGGAGUUGGAAACGGAUUUGGAUCGGGAUGAGACUAGUGAAACACGUGGAAUAGACCUUAGAAGUUCUUACAGUACGUCACGCAGUUUUUAAUACAGAGGACUCUGGGAUGCACAGUGCAUUGUGGGAUAUUUUGGGGUCAAUAAUUCCUGUUGAAAACGAAAAAUUGUGACAGCAUGCGGAUUACCGUAACGACAAGACGAGUUGAGCCUUAACUGUGGUUGAGCACAGCUACGAUAGCCGAGUUAAUAUCACAAAGAAACUUAACGUGAGUUUACUCCAAUAGCAACCCCAAAGACACGCAGCAAGGACGAUAGGAAACUAUUCUUUCACCGUCGAUGAAGUUAUUUGGCCACGACCCCACACACCAGGAAUUUUUCCAAAAACUGUAGCAGUAGAACCGAGUGAACUAGCUGCAUGAGAGGGUGACAAAAAUGUCUGGAAGAGGUGACAGCGAUCCGAAUCAAAUAAAAAUCAGAUUGGAAGGCCGAGAGGAGAUUGAUCAUAGAACGAAGGACUGCUUUACCAGGAGGAAUGACACGAGUGAAGAAGCUGAAGAAUAGCCACAAAUUAAUUGUCGUGAGGGAGUAAGAAGACUAGAGAGGAAGUAGGGCCUUCGCACUUCGGGUGGAGAGGGAGAUCCAAGUGGGACCACUGAUCUAGCGACGGCGAUAUUAUUGCCGCAUUCACGAGAGGAGGAUGGAUGAGUAAAAAAUGAACCGUGCUGAACCUAACCUAAACAGAAGGGCUAAAUCAACGUAAUAUUGGUCUCGCCAAAGCAUUCGAAGGAAUUGCCGAUCUUCGUGAUGGAUUGGGAUAUUACGUUACGCGCUGUUCCAUCAAACUUGGCCAUCUAAUGCUCCGGGGGCCAUCCCCAAUAUGUAGGGAAGAGAAAUAGGGUCUUUAGGGGUAACAUCGUUGGCACUGUGGCCAGGCGCGAAACUACCCAUCCGUCGGGAACGACUUUGGCCACGCCCUUUUGGUCGGGCAAAACAAGCUCAUCCCCCCCCCCCAGCCCUAAUACCGAAGUUUCGCCCCUGAACUUGUGACCAUGUGGUGAAGACAAAUCUAUUUAUUAGCCGCUAUUUUCCUGGUUGUUUUUUUACGCCAAUAGAGAUGCAGUGUAGUGACGCAAUUGAAGAAAUCAGAAAAAGGCCAGCGACUCAAUUCUUUCGAACUUCGUUUGCUAAAUAAGCGUCGAUAACCUCCAGAUGCUCCAGAGCAUAUUUCAGAUUACGCUUCUUGGAAACCAAAUUACAAGGUUCAGUGCUGUAACCAUCAUCAUCAUCAACCACAGAUUUUAUUUCAAAGAAAAAGCACGCUAGCCUCGCACAACUAUGCUAAUAUACAGGAGGAGCGUGAUAUAUACAUAUAUUUCAAAAACUCAUUAAUAAUUAAUGAAGCAAUUAUCCAAUAAAAUACAAAACAAUGGAAACUCCGAAGAAAUUCAUAUUUUUAAUUCAUUUUUUUUUUUUUUAAUUUUUAUUUUGAAUUAAAAAUAUGAAUUUCUUCGGAGUUUCCAUUGUUUUGUAUUUUAUUAGAAUACUCAGUGGUUAUCGACAAUUAUCCAAUCUUGAGUAAGAAAUUAGUCACGUCCAUACGUCUUUAUACCAGCUAAAGAACACUUUAACAAAAGACCAUUGUUAUGCAAACUAUAUAAAGAUUUUUAUAUAAAGAUUUUUAUAUAAAGAUUUUUAUAUAAAGUCAAGUGAAGAGAAUUAACUAUAAUUAAGUCAACAGUUCCGCAAUUCUAUGCUUAAAUUGACGGAGCGAAGUCACUCUUUUUGCAUUCCACAACAUUGAUGCACUAUAUUUAAAGCUUCGCUUAAAAAAAUUAGUUGAUAUCGCGUUUCGUUGCGAGGCAUCUACUACUGGAUUAUGAGAUUGGUCACAUAAGAAUAUGGAACUAUACAAUUUUCAUUAUAUACAGUUUGUCCAAACUUGCAUUUUGAGCUUUUCGUUCAAUCACGCAUGUUUUUCAAACACGCAAUUUUGAGUUGUUCGUUCAUGCAGACACGCAACUUAGUCAGUUGGUACAUUACGCAAUUCGAGCUGGUCGUUCAAACUCGCACGUCAGUCAGUACGUUCAAAUACGCAAUUUGAGCUGUUCUUUCUGACACACACUACUGUCAGUACGUACAGCACGCAUUUCCAACCUUUUCGAUUCGAGAAGACUUGCAUGUUAACUAUAGUCGAUUUUCAUAUUUUAUACCGUUUGCCUAUUAAUUCUUCUACAGAUCUGCGCGACUCUUGUGGCCCAUUCUAUUUGUAUUGGUGCAAAGAAACCCAUUACAAAACUCUCCCACACAUAAUCGAAUAGGUGAAACGACACUGCUACCUACGUUAAUUAACUUCCUUUAUUAUUCUAAUAAAUACAUACCAUAAGUAAAUGAACAUGUGGCAAGAAAUUAUUCUAGUUUUUUUCCCCACAGAUAAUAAAAUUUAUGCAAGAAUGAUGCAGAGAAAUGCUGGAAAGUAAGUGUGAUUGAAACAAGUUAAAAUUAUGCACGGGAAAAUAGUUAUUACGUUGUUCUGGAGUUCUUUUUUAAAAUCGAAUAAUGUUAUACACAGAUUCAUACAGGUUUUAUCCCAGUAUAUCACUCUUUUCUCAUUGGAAUGAAUUGCUGUCACAUUAGCUCAGCGUCAAAACAAAAUACCUACUGUAAAUUAAGAAAACGCCAAAUUAACUGUAUAGCUGUAGCCCUUGAGUUAUAUAAGGCAGGUGCUAUAUAUCCUAGAAUUAUGAGACAUCAUUUUAUGACCUGGUGUAAAUUCCGUGACUCAUGGUGCAUUUUGAACAAAAACAACACAUGUUCUGAUGUACUUUAACAAUGUAUUUUUUUAACACACUUCAACUAUUGUCAGCAGACACAAUAUAUUUUAUUGAAUUCACGUAUCAUAAACAAAGUAUAUGUUGUAUAAAAAUAAAGUAAAUUUUAAAUAAUACAUGUAAAUACUUAGGUAGAAAAUUUACAUAACAUCUGUGCCUCAUGAUACGCGACUCAUGUUACACAUUAAGUGUUCUUUAUAAACCAGUCCACAUAUAUGUCUAAUUGCCUUUCGGCCAUAAAAUUAGUACCUAAUAUGGUUUGUCUGAAAUGCUGACUAAAGCCUUGAAGCUGAAUACUGUAGAUGUCAUGAGAAAACUGUAUGGUAUUCUACAGUUGUAAGGUAUCAAAUUUUCAAAAUAAUUAGAACUUUGAAAGCCAUCCAACCAUGCGGAUGCUAUACAACAAUUGUAUUUAAUCCAAACUAACUUCUUUAUUGUCCCUGGAUACAUGUAUGUAUGUUAAAACUUGUUGUUUUAAUUAACGUUUCUUGGAAAAUUAAUUUUAAUUAAUGUCUACAUUAGCAUGGAAUUACCCACCUCAGGAAAGUAUAAUUGAACAUUUUAUGGUUUCACCAUUCAAACAUAUCAACUCAUCAACACUGAAUGUUUUUUAGGGACUUUGCAUCAUGGGAACAGCACACUAAAGGUUUUGGUACAAAAAUGUUAAAGAAGGUAAGACUUUAUUGUACUGUAGUGUACUGUAUCAUACCAUACAAUACCAUAGCACGCCGUGAGCCAUGCCAAUUACCAAGCCUUAGCAUACCAUAUCAUACUAUAUGAAAAAAUACCAUACAACACCAUAGCAUAUAACGUCAUGGCUCAUGCCAUACAAUACCAUAAUACCAAUUACCCAAUCACACCAUACCAUGCCAUACCAUACAAUACAAACAAUACAAUACAAUGUCAAUGCCAUAUCACACCAUUACAAGUUGUGUCAUGCACAAUACAAAUUUAAUACAGUAUCAUACGUACUAUUUAAAACACUAGUAGGAGUGUUUUAUACGAGUGUUUUUAAUAGCUUAAAAUACGACACUACAAAAGAUGCCGUCUCAUUAGUAUUCUUUAUAUAAGAAUACUAAUUAGGAUGAACAAUUAUGUAAUGCCACAUGUGUUUUAUCAGAUAUAAAGUCACUCCACGUGAUAUAUUAUGGCUGACAUGAUUUGCCACAAGGUUUAUGAAUUAUUAAUGAGUAUUUUAAUGUUUGUUAUCGAAUUUAUUCAGGGGUGGAUCGAGUGCCGAAGGCGCGAGCUCCCUAGAGGGUCCAGGGGUAUGCCUCCCGAAAAAUUCUGAAAAUUAGAACCCUAGAAAUGCCAUUUUCUGCGAUAUGGGCAUUGAAUUCAUAGCCUCAGUUUGACUUCAAAAAAAGGAAAAACCUUGGAAAUUAUGCCAUUUUUCCGAAUUCGAUUUUUGCACCCUCAUUGCACCCCCAUUGCACCCCCAUUGCACCCCUGAUGACCAACGCCAACAGGGGUGCCGACACUGCGCACCCCUGUGCACCCCCCUAUAAAUCCACCCCUGAAUUUAUAUUCAUUCAAAUUGAACCUUACUAUGCCAUAUUUCUGUAUUAUACUUGUCUUUAACAAAUUUUACUGCUCUGUACACCAUAGGAUAUGUCAAUGCAGAGUAUAGCAUUAUGGAUUCCAGCAUCGUUUGCUCAAGCGAAACGUUUCUUUCAUUUCUUUAGAUGGGUUAUGAACCUGGUAAAGGUUUGGGCAAGGAAGGUCAGGUAUAUAACCCUGACAAUGAUGAAUCAAAAGAUGAGGCUUUAAGCAUUCUAACUUACAGUUAUUUUUUAUUUUUAGUUUAAAGUUUGUACUUUUUCUCUAUUAAAUUUGUAUAUUUCACAGUAUCUAUCCAAUGAAAAUUGUGCAUCUCUUAUCUUUUUAUUUACAAGAUUCAAAUCACUUCACUGAUAUAUGCCUUAGUCUUGUUUUUUGCAUGCCACUGUGACAAAAAGUAUAUCAUUAUUAUAUAACAGUAUACGUACAAUAUCUUAUUUCAGAUUUAACGUCCACUACCUGGCUUAGUACGUAUCUGAUUAGUUAAUCGGACAUAUCAAACGCAUCUGUUUUGUUAAUUGUCCUUUAAUGAUGAUUGCGGUAGCGGUAAUGGAAGUCGCAUCUGAACCUUUGCAAUCGCUCUGGUUUGACUGCAUGAUGUGUUUAUUUCAACAUCUAUAUAGGGUAUUGCUACCCCAGUGGAGGCCUUCAAGAGAGGUGGUCGUGGUGCACUCAGUUAUUAUGGUCCAGAAAAACACACAAAAAAGCAGGAGGUAAUUGUAGUCAGGUCAAUUAUACCAACGGAAAAUCCUCUUCAGUCAUAGUUGAUUUAUAUCUGCCCAAAGAUCGUCCUUUGGGGAGGGGGGAAGGGGGGUGGGGGUGCGAUACUUACGGUAACGAAUCUCAAGAACGUUUGUCAGAGGUUCCCCAAAGAAACAAUCUGCCCAACGAGAUAAAAUCCUCUCUUAUUGUCCAGUCACUGAAUCAAGUAAACUCAAAAACAGUACACUGAGAAACUUAAUGCAUGUUUCGGUGUUGAUAGACCAAGGACUUGGAAAACAAUUUGUUCUAAAUGUCGUUCUUGUUUUUUACAUUGUCGUUCGUAAAAUGACAUGUUUCGUAGCGAAUUUUAUAUACGUACAUAUAAUGAUGUGUAACUCAUAGUGAUAUAAUAUGUAGCACCAUGUCAGGCAGGGCUUAAUUUAGGACUUUAUUUGUCCUGUUGUUUGGGCCUUCAAUUGUUAUUGUUAAAUCGAUAAAACAAGAUUGUAGGCUGCCGAAUUUUGGCACCGUUAUUAAAACUACUGUACAGUAUCGAGUUUACUUUAAUUUGUCUUUGAGUUUUCUUGGUUUCCUUAACUUUUAAAAAGAUGGAAAAUUACAAUGCAGGGUUCGUAUAGGAUCAUGGAAAACCUGGAAAGUCAAGGAGUUUCAAUAUAAUUAUUAUAUUUUUAUCUUCCUAGGCUCAGUUACCUGAGGAAGAUGUUGAGGAAGAAGACUUUCGUCAGCAAUUAAGUCAAUGGAGGAAAUCUGAUGUAAGUUUGGAGAACAUUAUAUUUAUUUAUCAAUUUUUAUUUGUCAUGGUUCGCAUGGUCUCAACUGAAAAAGCAGGUCUCAUUUUAAAAUAUGUUUUCGUGCCGGCCUGUGAGCAAAAAUAUAAAAUAAGCCUGCACACAAGCAUCUUACUUUAGAUUUUGUGACCUAUAGAUACAGUUAUGAGUGUUAACAAGUUAGAAUGUUAAAAUGUGCUUGCAAAAUUUAAAACGUGCCUGCGAGCGGCGCUCGCACGCGCUCGUGUAUUUUAAAGAUGCAUGAUUGUCAUAAAAAAUAUGUCGUUUUUAAAUUUCUAAAAAAUCUAUGAUGCUUUUGAAAUAAGCGUAUAGGUACUAUUAUUGUUAUCCAAUCGGAGUUAACAUUGAACGUUCGUGUUUUGAAAAGGUGAAAGGAAAACCGAAGUAUGUUUACAAAACUGUUGACGAGGUGAAGGUAAGAAGAACUUGAUGAAUGAUCAUGUUUCUUUGGGAAACAUUUUCUUGUUAAUAAGUAUCUAGUUGUUCAUAUACUCUGAAACAUAUCACAAAAAGGCAUGACAUACAUGACACAUUCUUUUCCUGCAAAUCUUUGUAACACACAUUUCAAUUUAGCGAAUUAGGGAACUAUUCAAUGUGUAAAUAAUUUACUAAACAUGUUUAUUACACAUUAUUAAACAAAUUAUGCAUGCUUAUUUUGGCAAGACAUAACUUCUCCUUUUCUCGGGAAUAAAUUGUCCCGGGAAUGUAUAUAAUAUCUUUACUACAAGUACUGUACAUGCAGUUUAUUAGUAUUUUUUGUCUGCACUUUCAGAAUAUAGUUAAAGGUUAUUCUAGCAAAUAUUUAUGGGUACAAUACAAUACUGUAUAGUGAUCAGUUCGAAAGCUUAUGCUCCUUUGAUCACUAUACGGACUUUCACUAAGUAAAUUAAGUUGAAAUUAUUAAUUAUAAACUGUUUUUGUGUAAUUUUAUAUAAUUUCUUUUCGUGUAAAUAGUGCAGUUUAUUAGUAAAUCUUAAUGAAUCAUGAAAUCUAUACCAGAAUUUUCAAACUCCUAUUAUAGGAAUCAGGGAAAUCUAAGAGACCAGGACUAUCCUUGUCGACAAGUAAUAUUAAGGUAACGUUCAUUGAUGCUUCAAGGCGUUGAUGCUUGACCACCUCACUGCAGGCUCACACUGAACAUAAAGAUUACAGAACCAGUUCAUUUUUUUUUCACAACCAAUCGACGUUAAUACUUGUCAGUUUAAAAAAGAUUUAAAAUCUUUUAUGAUUUAAAAACGUUUGGAGUGCAGGGGCCGGUUGUAUAAAAAAGUGAUUAAAGUUAAUCAUAGUUAAGUGGAAAUGUCAUCCAAUAAGAAGCGCCUAUUUGAGAGUCAAUCACUAUUUAACUACAAAAUAGUGAUUAAAAAAGUGAUUAAGAGUUUUAUACAACCGGCUCCUGGUCCUCCAUUGCCUUCAUGGGCAAUCGCGAUGUUCAUAUCAGUAUACGUAAAAUAUAUGGUUUUUGUAAAUAAAGGUUGUGGACAUGACAGGACGUGAAGCUAAGAUAUUGACAGGUUAUGGAUUUUUCGCUACACAACACGCUAAUCCUGAGGACGAGACAACAGGUAUACUACUGGGAUCGGUUGUACAAAGGCCAGAUAGUUAUCCAUUAUACGAAUAUAGGAUAGUGAUUUUUUUAAACCGUAGAAAAAAUUCUUGAAAAGUGAUGAUAUUACGAAUAUGGACCCCACAAUUAAUAAAAGGAAACUUUAAUUUUACAUACUGUACUGUACCAAAGAAAGCUAGAAAAAAUCACUAUCCGCAGUGGAUAGCGCUAUCCGGCUUUCGUACAACUGACCCCUGCUGAAUAUCAACAUGAUUCGUAUAAUUGAAUCUUUAUUUGCAUAUUUACUAAGCUCUGAUUGUUCCAAUGAUAAAAGCCGGGGGCGAGGGCGGGAGUAUGCUCCAAGGAUUUUUUUAAAUUUUGGGUUCCUGAAACUGUAUUUUGAAGACAUUUUGGAGCAAACUAUAAAAAAAACCAUUUUUAAGUUAAUGUAAAUCUCAAUUGUUGUUCUUCCCAUAACCCUGGCUUGUCCAAAUUGUGCUAGAUCUACAGCCUUUAACGUGCUGAGCGUAUCCGUAAAUCCGGAUCUGCGAGUCAGCAACGUUUCCCUAAUUUCCAGAAUCAUCAUGCACUGAUUUUUUUGUUUAGUUUUAUCCCAAGUAAAAGAUGACCGUGCAUUUUCACUUCCCGAACUGGAAUACAACUUGAAUCUUUUGUUGGAUUUGAGUGAAUCAGAAAUUGUUCAAGUUGACAAACAGUAAGUUUUGUUGCCGAAAGUAUCUUUUUCGUUAUUUUAAACGUUUGCAGAUGUUCCUUUACCUAUGGGGAAUACGUCUAAACAGCUUCUGUUUUGCUGCUACCAUGUUAUACUGUACGAGUUACAGUACUGUAUUGGCUCUCGUGACGAGAUGAUAGUUCAGCUCAAACAAGCUCAAUAAACAUUAUACAUGGUGUUCCUGCAUGUUAAAUUUAAUAAUUCGUCAACAUGCAGCAAAUGUGAAUACAAAGAUUUAAAUUCCUUAUUUAUUAUUCUUAUCCUUCGCUAGACUCCGUCAUGAACGAGACUUGAUAGUGAAUUUAAAAUAUGAAGAAGAAAGACUCGGUAAAGAAAUUGAACAGGAAGAGAAUGAUAUGAAACAAUUGGUUGAUGUUAUGGCUAUUAUUGAAAAGUAGGGAUGUUUGUUUGCUCAAUGCAGGAAGAACCAAGGGUGGAUCCAGCUUUAUCAGGGAGAGGAUUUCUGAGUGGGCACUCGUCGUGGAGAGGGGUGUGUCCGUCAACCAAUGCAUGCACCAUCAGCACUGAGAAAGCUACGACCUUUAUGGGGACAGCCCCCCUCCAAAGGGUCCAAGGGCCAAGCUAUUAGUAGGAGAGGAGGAUUCUUAAGUUCUAAGCUUAUCACAAAGGUUUCUAAAAACUUGCGGUUGCUUAGCUGUCCAAACUCCAAAUAGCGCCCAUUUGUUACUUUGUCUGUGACUUGUACUACUGUAUAAAUGAAAUAGAUACGUAAUAAACCGUCUUCUAAUUGCAGGUGCAGACAGCAAAGUACUGGAGCUUCCAAUGAAAGUCUUUCGUUACAAGAUUGUGAAGUCCUUUUUGAAAAACUGCAAAAUGAAUUUGCAGAUUUGUACAAGGUCAGUGUGAUAUUCAGUGCUGGAAAAUGUCCGGCAGCACCGCUGCCAUGAGGAAAUUUUUGUCAUCUUAUAUACUGGAAUGCGAUAUAAUUUAUUUGUGCUUAAAAAUUCCAAAAGCAUUUUACAACUCGAGAUUGUCUUGUGGCGAGAUUGAACUUAAUCACAACGUGCGGCACCAUACGUUCUCUAAAAUCUACAUUUUCCUCUGAAAGUUUCAUGCAUGUUUGACUUGCACGGGAAAUUUUUAUUUUUGGCUUUUUCUGCCAGGAAGAGAAAUAUAUUUUGUAUAGGCCUGGUGGUAUUUCUGAAUCUUAUAGUCUCCUCAGCAGGUAUCUAUAUGGUUAGGGUUCGAAAAACCUAACCCUAUAUAGAGAUGCCUGCGGAGGAGGCUGUGUAAUUCAGCAUGUACUACUUUUUAGUUAUAUAUCGAGCUGAAUUGUUGGAAUAUUUCUUACAGAAUGUAUUUCAUCAUCUUACCAUUUUAUCUUUUAUAUGUAGAUGUACGAAUUAGUGACAAUGGCUGUUCCGCUAGUAUUCCCAAAGGUGACAAGUAGACAUUUUUUUUAGAAUUUUUAAAAUGCAAGGCUACAAAAUUAUAUAUAUUUAGGAUGUAUUUGUGGGGUGUUGGAAAUCAGUAAGAACGUCCUCCCCAAAUUUCCAUGCAAUGUAAUGCAGCACACAUUCAGUAUACAAGCUCUCUGUAGAGGUUUUGUAUAAUUAUGCAGCUAUAUACACUGUAUACCAAUACGUCAAUUCGCUGGAUAAGGCUUUAAUGACAAAAAAUGUCGGUGCAUAUUUUAGAUCAAAGAACAUCUAGAAAUUUGGAAUCCACUUCAGAAUCCAAGUUAUGGUUUGGAAGUUGCAAAAAGAUGGAAGAAAUUACUUGAGGGAGACAAACCAAACUCCUUUACUUUAUCUACUGGGCCUUCUUUAGAUCCAAACAGGUGAGAAAAAUAUUGUGGUCUGAUGAGGCAUGCACGAAAAUGAUGUUAUUCAAUACUCUUUUAGUGGAAAGAAUUUUUCAAAAUGUAGCUAAAUAUAUCCUUUACAGAUUUUCUCUCUCAAUAUCUGGAGAAUAAAUACAGAUAUUGGUUUUAUUUGCAUGUAAUACAACUUUUUACGUCACAUCGCAUUUCACGUCGCAUUCUUAGUUACAUUUGAUGAAAAUAAUACAUUUUGCAAUAAAUUUGUAGACGUUCUCUGGUUUUAUUUUACAAAUUUGCCAUUAUUAAAGAUAUAAACUAACUAUAAAUUACACACAAUGGCUGGAAUGACCACACAGAGAUAAAAUCUCCAAUAACGGGUUUUAAAUAUUUAUUUAGUACGAGUUUUCGAAGACUGCAUGAAGAGUGUGGACUGGUAGUCGAAAACACGUACAGUACUAAAUAAAUAUUUAAAACCAGAGAACGUCUACAAACUUAUGACUAACACUGGUGUCGCUUCAAACGUAUUUAAAUACAUUUUGCGUUUCUGAGCAGGGUUUGACAGGAAUGUAUGGUAUAUCUGAAGAUUUUUGCAAGAUACUAUAUAUAGGCAACAAAGAAGUUUCAAGUGAUUUAAAUUAAAAUCUGAGCUGUAACUACCUUGAUCUAUUACAAUAAGUAUCGCUUUUUCAAACUUAGCAUGGAUACAUACGAAAGGUUAAUAUGGGAAGUUUGGAUGCCAGUUUUUAGAAGAUGUGCAAGGUAAUAUUUUGUAAUCAUACGCGAUAAAGAAUUUAUUAUUUUCGUUCGUAUCAAGACAAUAAUACCGUGCUCAUUAUUAAUGAGUUUUAGAACUAAUAAUAAAUCAUUAUUGCAUGAGGUUGAGCGGGAUAUCGAGAAUUAUCAAGGCGGCGAGGUUUGUAUUAUCCACCGAAGGCUGAGGCGAAUAACACAAACCGAGGCCUUGAUAAUUCUCUAUAUCACGCGAAAAUCGAGUCCAAUAAUUAUGUUAUUACGCAUAAGAAUGACUAAGGAAUUACUACGCAUAAGAAUGACGUCAGAAUUACAAGACAUCACGAAUUAUUCGUAGGCCAGCAACCAAUCAAAACAGAGAUUGUAUUAGUAAUGCGUAAUAAUAAUAAUUUUUAUUAUAAUACUGUUUUAGGAGCAUCCUAGGGUAAAUCUUAUAAGUACACAAUAAAUAGAAUAUAGAAUAUUGUAUGCAAUUAUUUUUUUAAAGAGAGUACCAACUUAAUUUACAAUAAGUAGUUUUCAGAGGGAUGUAAUAAAUCGACAAGACAGAUCUUCGUUCUUACAGGCCAGCUUUGCAAGGGCGGUAGUUAAAUGGAGUUAACAAGACAGAGCCUAGUCCCAAUUGUUGCAUUAGUUAAUCAUCUUUUAUUUUGUUUUCAAAAAGUGUAUGGAAUCCUCAAUUUUGCGAUGGUCUGGUUGAACUCCUUGAAAAUUGGCUACCUCUCCUUCCAUCAUGGAUAUAUGAUAAUAUUCUUGAUCAAAUACUACUGCCCCGUUUGCAGG